AUGGCUACCGAAGACUCGACGGCGACACGUGCCCCCAAGAAACAACGCACUGGGGGUCCACUGUCAACUGCCGCAUCCACAACCGCUCGAGCCAAGUUUGCGUUCGGAUCGCGACUUCCUGAUGCAAAGGAGAGCAAGUUGAAGCGACCGAAGAUGAGUGGGAAUCGGAAGCAUCAGCUGCUGACAUCUCGAAUGCGGUGGGAAAACAGUGUGCGGACGUUGACUGAUGUUCGCACACGAAGGAGGUCCGCCUCACAAGACUCGGACGAAGCGACGACGUCCAAGACGAAGCCCGUGUAUCGAAAUACAGCACUGUCUUCGGUGAGCAGUCAUCUGCCAGCUUUGACAAAAGUGCCGCAACAGUUGAGCUACAGGAAUGGUUCUUCGAGACUCAGAGAGCGGGGUGGCCCUGAUGAGCAAGAGCGAGUUGCAGACUUGGAAGCAGCUACGACACCUACGUUCUGGAUAAAACGGCGGAAGGAAGUAGAAGCAGCGAUGAAGGAACUGGACGCGGUCGGGGAACGAAUCAUGGCGAUUAGUAGCUUGUGCCCCUAG